AUGUCUGAGUUGAAAGCUAGUAAGGACGCGUUGAUUGCAUCCCUUUUCGAAUUGUCAAAAGCUGCUCAAGAGGCUGCUAAUAGCGCUGUUGACUUUUAUAAAGUUGCUACUGGAGGCAACGAGGAUAUCACAUCAGAACAAUUACAAGGCAUCCAAGAGGCAAUGAAGCUUGCCGUUGAUACUACUCAUGGUGUCAAGCACAACUUGGAUGGUGCGGCCAAUGGCGAUAAGAAAAAGAGAAAAGUGGAAAGGGAUCCAAAUGCACCAAAGAAGCCAUUGACGAUGUUUUUCGCUUUCAGUUUCCAUUUGCGCAAGAUGAUUGCCGAGGAGAGAAAGAAGAAAGGAUUGCCCAACCUCGGUGCAAUUGAUUUGAACCAAUUGGUCAAGGACCGUUGGGACAAUAUCUCCGAUGAGGAGAAAGCCAAAUGGAAGCACAAAUACGAAGAGGAAAUGAAACUUUACAAUGUCGAAAAGGCCAAAUAUGAACAAAGCUUGAAGGAUGGGACAAACUACAAGCGUCCAGAACAUCCAUACGCUAGUGGAUAUGAAGAGACUGAAACGCCCGUGAUUGAAGAAGUUGUUGAAGAGGAAGAGGCGGAUGUUCCAGCACCAACCUUAUCUCAAGAAGAGUUGAAAAAGAAGAAAAGAAAACAAGAAAAGAAAGAGAAGAAGAAGAAGUUGGCAGCUAGCUCCCCAUGA